UCUACUCAUGUCCGGUUCCGGAGGUAUAAAAUCAUCACUUAUUACCUGUUCUGAUUUUCUCCCAUUCCAUCUUCGACGUGUUUUUUCACUUGCAUUGCUAAUUAGCCCGGCUAAUUUAUAUGUCAGGGUGCAUGCCAAUUCCUACUACUUCCUUGAUAUAUCUUUUGUUCGCUUCAACCCUUUGAAGAUUCACAAUGGCAGCGUUCCCCAGAGAUAUUGAUGCGCAGAGCUUGGGUCUUUCGACCUCUCCCACCGCGUCCUUCCCAUCACAGGCCUCCAGCCACCCAGGUUCAGCACUUGCAAAUCGCACCAUUCCCCUGGCCAACACGAAGCACUUAAAGCCCUUCGCGACUGAAGAUAUAAAAGUCUUGCUUCUAGAGAAUGUCAACCAAACCGGGCGAGAAAUCCUCACUCAACAAGGAUACCAAGUCGAAUUUCUUAAAUCGUCUCUGCCGGAAGAUGAAUUGAUUGAGAAAAUCAGGGAUGUGCAUGUGAUUGGGAUCCGCUCAAAGACGAAGCUCACAGCUCGUGUCCUGAAGGAAGCCCGGAAUUUGAUUGUUGUGGGCUGCUUUUGCAUUGGAACCAAUCAAGUUGAUCUUCAGUAUGCAGCAGAGCAUGGCAUUGCAGUUUUCAACUCCCCCUUCAGCAACUCACGGAGCGUUGCAGAGCUCGUGAUAGGGGAAAUAAUCGCCCUUGCUCGCCAACUUGGCGAUCGCUCCAACGAAAUGCACAAUGGUACUUGGAACAAAGUCAGCAACAAAUGCUGGGAAAUUCGGGGGAAGACGCUCGGAAUCAUCGGGUAUGGCCACAUCGGUGCCCAGCUCUCAGUGCUUGCAGAAGCCAUGGGUAUGUCGGUUCUCUACUAUGAUGUGGUGAACCUAAUGGCUCUGGGGACUGCUUGCCAGGUCCCGAAGCUGGAGACCUUGCUUUCUAAAUCUGAUUUUAUAACCUGCCAUGUCCCUGAACUGCCCGAAACCCAGAAUAUGAUCGGAAAACUCCAAUUCGAACAAAUGAAAAAUGGGAGUUAUUUGAUCAAUGCGAGCCGUGGGAGCGUUGUCGAUAUUCCGGCCUUAAUCGAAGCCAUGCGAUCUGGAAAGGUCGCCGGCGCUGCCCUCGACGUUUAUCCUAAUGAGCCUGCAGGUAAUGGUGACUAUUUCAACGCUGACCUCAACACCUGGGGAACGGACAUUCGGAAUCUGAAGAAUAUUAUACUUACCCCUCACAUUGGGGGAAGCACCGAAGAAGCCCAGCGUGCUAUAGGUGUUGAGGUUGCAGAAGCUUUAGUGAGAUAUGUCAACAUGGGUACAACCCUGGGCGCAGUCAACCUCCCUGAGGUUGCUCUUCGCUCUUUGACAAUGGAUGAACCUAACCAUGCUCGGGUGAUUUACAUUCAUAGGAAUAUACCUGGUGUGCUGCGCAAAGUGAACGAGAUCCUUGGUGAUCAUAAUGUCGAUAAACAAAUGACCGAUAGCAGAGGCGAUGUUGCUUAUCUCAUGGCAGAUAUUAGCAGCGUCGAUAACGCUACUAUCAAGGAUCUGUACGAGAGACUGGAAAGCCUUUCAUCUCGUAUUAUGACGCGGGUGUUAUACUAAUUGCCCGUUUUAUAAUGCUCCAUGUUUUGUGUAAAACUGCUGGAGUGUGCGGUUUGACUACAUAGAAGUACGGAGCGGAAGAUUAACUGAAACAGCAAUGUGACUCGGGGUGGCUAAAAGUACAGUAUAAUAGAAUGAAUUUGUUGCCUA